AUGAACAGGGCAGUACAGAAGAGAAAGCCUGGUUGGGUCCUCUUCUCGCAUUUCAAAAGUGACAUAAACACCGUACCGAAGAAAAGCAAAAGUGAACAUUACGAAAUGAUAAAAACUGUUAUUCGACAGGAGAAGAAAGUAAAAUUUAAAAAUAUUUUCCUUGGGGUAAGUUUAGUCAAUGUGACCACUUUCCUGUUUACACUCUGCAAUUAUUAUGCCAAGAGGAAAGAAAACCACUACGACGUGAACGACAUCGGAGUUGUGGACCAUAUUGUCUUAACUGAAUUUGUGAGCUCCAUGGGGUUGAACAAUUUGCCCGUAUAUUUGGAGAACAAAUUUUUUUACAAAUUGGUAAAAAGCGUCCAAGGCGAAAAUUAUUCCUUUAAGGAAAAUGCCCUGUUGGGGCUACUCGAAUUAUUCUACAAAAAUAAAAGCGCCUUUAUCAAAAUUGAAAAGGAAAAUAAGGAGGAGCAUGCUGAGUUCAUAAAAUACAUUUUUGCAAAAUUGGAGGAAGACGAAAAUUUGGAAUACACGAAGAAGAAAAUUUAUUCCUGCAUUUUAUUUUACUACAUAAAAUAUUCCAAUGAUAAUUUGUCCAUCCCGUACGAACAUAUCCAGGAAAUAGUGAAUAAUCCAAACCUGUUUUAUAACCUGCAGCAGAGGGAAGAAAUUAUCUCCUACUUACUCCUCAAAAUUCUGAGGAAUGAAAAAAAUGUCGCAGAAAUGUAUGCCAAGGAAAUGGAUUUUAUCGAAACGUAUACGAGUAAAGGAGAGUCUACUCAUCAUCCCGAAUUGGUUGACGAUGAAGCGAAAAAAAAAAAAAUUCAUACAUACCCAUCAUUCAAUUUUUAA